GAAAGGUCUAGUGAUUUAACUAAUUACUGAAUUAUAUAUGUUUACGGACUUCAUACAUACAGAGAUAUUUGGAAAUAAUUCUUUCAAGUUGUGAAAAUACCAUCAUGUGUUGGAGUGAAAAAGUGAGCAAGAUUCUGUUGAUUGUGCUGAACAUCCUGUUUAUGCUUCUUGGUUUGGGAAUUUUGAUACCUGGCUUGCUGAUGAUAGUAAAUGUCGACGUUAUCAACGACAAAAUCUUACCAUUGAUGCAGCAGGUAUCCAUUGGUACAUCUAACCUUGGUGAUCUAGCUCAAGGUCUUUCGAUAACCUUGAUCGUGCUUGGAGGGUUUGUUCUGAUCGUAGCAACUUGUGGUGCUUGUGGAGCGUGCUGUCAGAACAAAAUGUGUCUGAUUGUUUAUGCCAUUGCAGUCGGUAUUUUGUUUGUUGGUAAACUUGUCAUUGUGAUACUAUGGUUUGUAAUGAACGACACGAUUGUGAAUUCACUAAAGUCGGAAUUAAAGUCAGCACUCCUGAACAAAUACAGUCAUGACGAUCUUACCUCUAGUGAAGUAUCAACUUCUUGGAACUACCUUUUCAUUAAGCUCGAGUGUUGUGGAGUUGACGCCGUGACAACAGCAACAAAUGACUUUGACUCAACAUCCUGGCAAACAGGAAGUCCAAACACCGACAUUCCGCUGGGUUGUUGUCCUGGUGUUACCAUAGAGUCCUAUCUGUCGGCAUCUGCAACAAAUGCUGGAUGUCCUUCAAGUUCUGGGUCAGCUCCAGUUGGUCAGUACUCUAAGGGUUGUUAUGAUGCAGUGUAUGACUUGAUCAGAACUUAUACAAUAGCUUUUAUAGUGUGUUUGGUUAUUAUCUUAUUGGUAGAAAUUACCACAAUAGCUAGCGCCCUUAUAAUAUGUAAGCGGGCUAAUAAAGAUCAAAUCGUGUAAUACAAGUUCUUGGAAUCACAGCAGCUAUUUCAUUAUGUAAGAAGACAGAUGGAAAGGGUCUAUCAGAUGAUGCGAGAGCAUGAACAAAUGUCACACAUCUACACUUUCCAUGCGAUAAAAGUACUCAAGUUUAAAUUCUUUAAAGUAUUAUUUCCUGA